UGUUGAAGGUGGAAGUGCUGUAUGUCUGUGCAUUCACGCUGUUCGAGAAGGGAGACGUUUUUUCACGGCCGUUUGAAAUAUAAAGCGAGAUAUCAACGCUAUGUAAUCCAAGGAUUUUCGUUACACGUGCAUUUGUAUCAGACACCGAUCCCAGCAGGAAGGCUGUGUGACCUUGGCUGUCUGCCAGGCUGGGCCCUCCCCUUCCCCCAGAGACCUGAAGAUCUCACCUGCUGCUUGUGAGCCCAGAUUCUGAGGAAAGAACACUGGUUUAAGGUACCUUUAAUAUGGGGAACCUUCUAAAAGUUUUGACUUGCACAGACCUUGAGCAGGGACCCAAUUUUUUCCUUGACUUUGAAAAUGCACAGCCCACAGAGCCGGAGCGAGAAGUGUGGGACCAGGUUAAUGUGGUGUUGAAAGACGCACGGGGCAUUCUGGAUGACCUGCAGGGCUACAAGGGAGCAGGGGAGGAGAUCCGAGAGGCCAUCCAGAAUCCAAAUGACGAGAGCCUUCAGGAGAAGGCGUGGGGCGCUGUGGUCCCGCUUGUGGGGAAGCUGAAGAAGUUCUACGAGUUCUCCUUGAGGCUGGAAGCGGCACUGCACAGCCUUCUGGGAGCUCUCACCAGCACUCGCUACAGCCCCACCGAGCACCUGGAGCGGGAGCAGGCUCUCGCCAAACAGUUUGCUGAGAUCCUGCACUUCACGCUCCGCUUUGACGAGCUCAAGAUGACGAAUCCAGCCAUCCAGAAUGAUUUCAGCUACUACAGGAGAACUCUUAACCGCAUGCGUAUCAACAAUGUCCCGGCAGAAGGAGAAAAUGAAGUAAACAACGAACUGGCCAACAGAAUGUCCCUCUUCUAUGCUGAGGCCACGCCAAUGCUGAAAACAUUAAGUGAUGCCACAACGAAGUUUGUGUCUGAGAACAAGAACUUGCCAAUUGAAAACACAACGGACUGCUUAAGCACAAUGGCUAGCGUGUGCAAAGUCAUGUUGGAGACGCCUGAGUACCGCAGCCGGUUUGCCAGCGAGGAGACCGCCUCCUUCUGCCUCAAUGUCAUGGUGGGAGUGAUCAUCCUCUACGACUACGUGCACCCGGUCGGAGCCUUCGCCAAGUCCUCCAAAAUCGACAUGAAAGGGUGCAUCAAGGUUCUCAGAGAUCAGCCUCCAAACAGUGUGGAAGGCCUUCUCAAUGCUCUCAGGUACACAACAAAGCAUUUGAACGACGACUCUACCUCCAAGCACAUUAAGGCCAUGCUGCAAUAGUACCAAUCCUUGGGACAACUGCCUGCUACUCACACAAUUUGGGAGACAGUAUUCUCCAAUGACAGCGAUGCACAGAAUGUUUUAAAAAAAAAAAAAAAAGAGAGAGAAAAAGCGCUACUGCUUCCCCUUACCCUCCACUUUUAUAAAGAAAAUGUUACUGCUAUCAUGUGAGUCUUUUCUGUGCCAAAAUCUUAUACAAAUUAAAUUGCUGAAAAUCAUUUUUUAUGUUUUGGAAAGGCCAUACAACGAGUGGCAGCUAUUAAAGCAUACUGUUUCUGGUUUUUUCUAUGUGAGGGUGCAGGGAGAAAUUUGACUUGAAAAUUUAAAAAGAUAAAUAUAUAAUAUUUUGUUUUAAUUAAUAUUUAAUAUUGCUUCCUCUGCAUGACAGAA